GUCAUGGCUGGCAUUCUGGAGGCAGGUCUCAGCUCGAGGUGCAGCAGCCCCGUGGACCUCGAGGGAGCCUCCGAUGCUUCACAGGAGCCCAUGAACCCUCUGCUGAUCGAGGAGCUUCAGGCCGUCGCGCAGGCGGAUGAUCAGGGCGAUGCUCUUCCGUGUCACCUGACCGAGGCACCCUCCAGUCAGGCUGCCGUGGACCCCUUCCUGAUGGAGCAGCUUCAAGCAGCCGCGCAGGCGGAUGAUCAGGGCGAUGCUCUUCCGUGUCACCUGACCGAGGCACCCUCCAGUCAGGAUGCCAUGGACCCCCUGCUGAUGGAGCAGCUUCUAGCAGCUGCGCAGGACGAGUCUCUUCCCAGUCGCUUGACUGAGACGCCGUCCAAUCUGGCAGGGCAAGUCUCAGAGCAAGCUCAUUGCGAGACAGACCAGGAGUGCAGUGCGGCCAUGGCCAGCAUCUUGGAGACAGGUCUCAGCUCGAGGUGGAGCAGCCCUGAGAACAUGGACUUCGAGGGUGGCUCCGAUGCCUCCGAGGAGGCCGGCGGCCAGGUGGUGGGCUCCGUGGUCGCUUCCCAACUGCAGGAGGUGGUGCAAGCCUACGAGAGGGACGGAGGCGCGCCUGGGAUUGGAGGAGCUGCGUGGGACUCCGGAAUCGAUGAGGACGUUGCGGGUCCCUCCAUCGAGGAUCUCGGCAAGGCGAACUCGUCCAUUGCCGAUAUCAAUCAGGAAGUCGAGAACAUGGUGCCCCCGGUGCCCCCUGAUGCGUCGCAAUAG